UUCGCUUUAACCAAAAUGCCCAACGUUGUUUUCCGUCUUGCUAACGAAGCCGAUUUACCAGCCGUUUUAGAAAUGUCGGAAGAUAUAUAUGGGGGCCAUGACUAUUUUGUUAGCGAGUUUCUGAAAUUUCUGAAUAACCCGAACCGAAAAAUUUUGAUCGCAGAGAUGGAUGGCAAAACUGUUGGCUUACGAGUCAUGCAUAUUGUCGAUGAAGGCGAAACGGUCAUUGGUCAUUCUUUGCGUGUACAUUUCCAACAUCGUUGCCAGGGAAUAGGGAGACAGCUGAUCCAGGAAUGUCGCAAUUAUGUGAAAGAUAAUUUUCCUCAAGUUAAAUUUGAGCGAUAUCUCACAGGCAACGCUGCACGUCUGGCUAUACAGAAGAAAUCAGAUGAUGUUAAAUUUCAUGAAGCUGUAGCUUUUGCGCGCCUUGUGAAGAGUAAUGCAUCCGAGCUCAACUCUCGUCUCGCAAGCUAUUCAACUCACCAGACUACAGAUUUAAAACAGUUGAACAAAACUGAGCUGGAACGCAUCUUAAACCACAGUCAAGAUCAGCUUCGCAAAAUUUUGUUUAAAGGAAAAUAUAUCGGUGUACGACAACCAUUCAAAGCUCUUGCGUCUAACAUCACGAACGGAUUAUUCGAGGACGAUGAUGCCAUGUUUGUUUCUUACUCUGGUGAAUCCCUCUUAUCAUUAAGUCAUUCUCGGUGGUAUCCAGUCGCUGAACGCCCUCGAUUAAAUAUUGUGUGCUACACUCUGGACAAAGAGUUGCUUAAGUUUCAUCUCGUUAAGCAGUUGGAAUAUUCAAUUACACAACACCUUGGAGAAACAUUUAUUUUUGCUCCCAUGAUCGAUACAUCGCUGGUUGAAAGCACAAAUGAUUUUCUGUCCAAAGAUCUGUCUUUGAAGACAUUACGCGAUGGCGCGAAAGCAUAUCAUAAUCUUUAUUUUUAUGAAAAAUCCUUUGUAUAAUAUAAACAUUAUUAACCGGGUAAUAUUUCAAACAAACUUAUGCUGAAUUUGGUCGGGCUAUAUCAGUGACAAUAGGACCAUUUAUACGAUUAUUUAUAAUCCCAAAUCACAUACGUAUU